AGAAAGAAGCAUGAUGGUCGACCCGCGGAGGAAUCCAGAGAAGGGACGAGGCGAUGUAGCAACGCGAAGGAUCUGCAGCCACAGCCAGCUGCAGUGCUCACCGGUAGGGUAGAAAUAUGAUUGGUGGAGGAAUGAAGAUUGCGGAGUACUAGCUUGAGAUUGUUAAAGAGAGAAAGGAACGCAAGCAGUAAUGUGAUGGAGGAGCAAGUGAAGGGAGGGAGGGGAGGCGGGCACAGAGGAAGAGAGAAAUUAUGGAGAUGCGGGCACUUUCCUCUGGCAAAUUGGCAAUGCAGGCCUGGGCUGCAUGACGGGCGGGCGGUGACGGGAAUUGGACGUGGCCCGGGCUCAAAGACUCGAUCGCCCCGCCAUGAAGUCAUGAUGGGCUUUCCAGGGAGUCGCAUUCAUGGUUCUGAAAUCCAUCCACCGUUCCUGACUGACUGUCUUCCAUUUCUUCCAACUUUCACUUAUCAUCCAUCAGUCACCACUACGGACGAACAGUUGUUGUACAGGUCAACUGAACUGGGUACUGCACGUGCCUUUUCUAUUCAGGCAGCAAUCAGGAAGAUCAAUCUGCAUGUCUUGCUCCUUCAGAUGACAGGAAGAUUGGCCAGACCAACCAAGAGCGAGGCUGGCUGCAUGUCACACUUGCAACGUUCAAUGGGUCGAAGAGCCCAUGGGACGGGGCAAUGGCGUUUGCUCCGAGGCUCCAUUCCGCCCCAGCCUGGCCACUCAUCUGUUCCUAUCAUUCCAGGGCAUACAUUUCGUGGGGAUACGAGAAACUGUUGUCAAAUCGGAGUCCCUUGCGGGAGAUUUGAAGGCUUUUUAUUCCAAAAGGCCACAGGCGCUAAACAUACAUGAUUGUUGACAUCACAACAUAAAUCCCAAUUUUCCGGCGUUCCUUUUCUUCUUUUGACCUUCAAUUUUCCUUUUUUGUCCUUCCAGUCUACCCAAGCGUAAGAUAGCCAGCCAUCUCAGAACGCCGACAAGCGCCAUCACGACGCGUCAAUGAAACGAGACGUGUCAAGUGCAACCCGAUUGCAUAGAUCCAAAAAAAGGGCUUCACAAUCAGCCAGAAGACAAUAGGAAUCAAGUCAACCGUGGAGAUAUAAAAAGAGAG